AUGGCGCAGACACCGCCAGAGCCGCUGUUGUUAGAUUCACACAAGUACAUAUUGUCGUGGGAACAUUACUACAUAAUAUCUGACUAUGAUGACUUACAGUGUCCGGUAAAGAACUGCAUAUUCACACACGAUAAGAAUUUAUACAACGGAGACUAUUCGCAAUUUGACGCUAUAUUAUUUUAUGAGAGAAGUUUGACUCUCCCAGUAGAAUACCUUCCAAUAAAUCGAACUAGCUCACAAUUAUACGUAUUCGCCACAAUAGAGUCUUCAUACAACUAUCCAGCUUGUGAGCUCUAUUUCGACAACUUCUUCAACUGGACGAUGACUUACAGACUCAAUUCAGACAUUGGUUGGCCCUAUUUUGUAGUACGCAAUCUGACAGGGCACAUUUUGGCUCCAAGUGUCAAUGUAAAGUGGCCAAAUCAUAAAGAUAUACCGAUCAGUCCUAAUGUAAUUAAAAAGUUAGCCAAUAAAACGAGAGCUGCCGGUUGGCUGGUGAGUCACUGUCGCGCAGAAAGCAUGAGGGAUGAAUAUCUCACGCGACUCCAAGAGCAUUUAUACCAUUUUUCUCUACAAAUUGACGUGUUUGGCGCGUGUUCUAACAUUAGAUGCAGAUAUAGCAGUUGCGAAGAAAUGUUCACUAGGGAUUAUUAUUUUUACAUGGCAUUUGAGAACUCUUUCGAUGAAGAUUACGUCACUGAGAAGGUGCUGCACGGGUACGAUAAUUAUGCGGUCCCCAUUGUCUACGGCGGUGCUAAUUAUACCAGAUUCCUGCCACCUGGUUCGUAUAUCAACGCCCGUGAGUAUCAUCCGUACAACUUGGCAUACCUCAUUCACCAAGCUAUAAAACACCCAUCGAUAUACCACGAGUACUUUAGAUGGAGACACUUUUAUACGAUAGACGCGGGCCCACCGGGCACCCAUCCUCUCUGUAAACUUUGUGCAGCCCUAAACACAAACACUAUAGGCCGUAAGACCUAUGAUAAGUUCAGGCUGUGGUGGAACUUACCCAAUGGCAUGAAGUGGUGCCUGUCACCUUCAUUCUGGAAUGAAAUAACGCUUCUCCAUAUAGAUAACAAACACAUCGUGAAUAUGUACUAA